AUGACCCUUCAAGCUCGACGCUUCUCUAUUCAGUAUGCCUGGCCAGAGGGUGUAUCUCUCUUCACCAGAAUGGAGGCCUCAAGACCCACGGAAGGUCCCUACCUUCGCAUCCCUUACUUGCCAAACCUAAGCAUGUCUACAUCCUCCGAAGACUCAGACGUCCCUGCAGACCGGACGGCUUUCGUGGCCGACUGGCUCGCAGCGCAGCCGGGCGUUUCUGGCGCAUCCGUCACCCGCGAGCCUCGCAUGGCCUCUCGGGACAAAGUGACCUCGGAUGCCAGGCCGCAGCCCUCGCAAACGUCCCUCAAAAUCGCUGUCUUUAUCUGUUGGCUGGCCGACUGUGUUACUCUGGGCAUGUUCGGGUUAGGGCCGCUGCGAUCUCCUGACAGUUUCCAGUGCCUCAGGUUGGUAGAGGAAGAGCACGUUCUGAUGCCAGGCGACUUUGAGGCUCAGUCUCACAACCGGGUCAGGUUCCUUCAAGCGCCUGCGGUGAGGAUCAUCAGCCCGGCGCCAUCUGUUGAGGAGCUUUCUCAGCCAGAUGCGGGCGGCGAGGUAUACCCAGAGUCUGACACUGUCUCGUCCGAUCGCCAGGACCUUGUUCCACAGUCUGGACCUUGUCCGCCGCCGCAUCCUCGUGCAGAAGCCAGUAGCAAAUCGAUGAAAGGCGCUCAUUCACCACGACCAGCACUCCAUCCGGCGACCGCGCUUCUUCCUGUGCCACGAUCCUUCAGCCCUUCGAUUCCAUCGACGCCGCAUAUAGCGCAUUCUUUGACCCCUCAUAGUCCAGAGUCAGAUCUCAUCAUUGAGCACGCGAUCUUGCGCUCCUCCCGGACCCCAUUGCUGAGCAUCGUGCAUCUGGACGCGAAUGAUUGGUAUCGUGCGGAAGGCCUCACAACACUACAUGUGUCCAUGAUGAUGAAAUUUCUCUCCGACGGCCCACCCGGCCUUCUCUGCGUGAGAAUGCGAGUUCAACACGACUCGCACAAGAAGGUGGACGAUGUGUAUCUCUACGCCAACAUGCUGUGGAACGACGCCUGGAAGGGCUUUGAGAGAUGGUGCCGUGGUCUUGCCGAGGAGAGGGCCGCGAACGAUUUUGUGCGACGUAUUCUUACUCGAGCUGCCGCGUUGUCGACGAUGGGCGAUGGGCAGGAAGUCAAGAAAUUCUCUGCCUUAGUUGAGUGGGCUGUAUACCGCGAUGGGGGAAAUAUUGGCUCGACUGGUACAAAAGUCACCGAGAUCCAGUUUCCUUCCACCACGGGCACGCCUCGCGCGCCAUCCGAUGGUGCAGCCGAUGGAGCUGGACAGUUCACACCUGUGGACAGACGCGCAUCUACUGGUCGGCCCACGUCGGGCCCUGCGGUUACAGAGAUCGAAUUUCCUUCGAGCGAACCGCAGUCGUCGGCUUCCCGAGUCCUUCGCGUGGUCGUGGCACGCAGCGUUCUUCUCAAGCGCUCACCGAAGCAGCUGUCCGUCGCAUGUCUGGGUCACUUCCUUCUCGUUCAUGGACUCCCCGAGAUGGGGUGGAUCGCAGGUCAAACGACGUGGUUCCGACGCCAUAUGGCGAACCUGCUUUACCUCUCGGUCAUGCCAGUGAGGACAGGGGACCUCAUGACUCUGUACCUGCGGGACGGCAGCCGCCAUAUCCUUGUCACGGACACGGGUCUCAAUAGUCGUGAAGACAGGCAAAUGUCCGUUGGACUUGCACCAGGGCCCGGAAUUGUGUAUGUCCAGAACUACGGAGACCGAGAACGUACACGCAAGGAUUCCUCGGAUUUCAUCGGUAGCAUUGCCCGUGUUUUCCGCGGGAAGUCCCAUAAAACACGUCUGCGCAGGACGUCGGAGACAUGUCCUGUGCCUGCUCAUCGUCGCUCAAUGUCUACUCCGACUCUUCCUCCAGUACGAUACCCUCAUAAUGGGGCGCCUCCGCCAAUUCCGUAUGCGCUUAAAAGCGUUCGCUGUGGCCGAUCCGGCGAUAAUGGUCGCUGCUAUGAGCAGCAGAGCCAUAACCACCGACAAGGCACGUACGCGUCCUCUGACCAGCCGAAGAACGCUCGCAGCGAGAGCCAGGCUACUACGACGUCUCGCGCCUCACAGGACAGAAGCAGAUACGAAGAGCAGGCUCAGAAGCCUAUGCGAAACCCUUCACUAUCGCAGUAUGGUCAUUCCGGUUCACCCUUAUACUCACGCCGACGGUCCAGCUUCUUCGGACGCAUGUUCGGACAGCGAGCGCGCCCAAAUAGCGUCAGUUCGACGCGCCCCACUGAAGAACUCCACGAGACGCCCUCUUGGCACGAUGACUCGGGCCUGGGUUCAACUAUCCCAACGCGAUGGGGGCCGUACCCUCUCAGAGAUUCGGGCGUGGCAUACGAUACCAAGAACACCAUCUACCACUCCGCCUCCGAGAUCCCCUCGACCCCUCAGCAGGUGCCGCUGAUCACGCUCACGCCCGCGAGCGGUAAGACGCCGUCAGAGCCACCCUCGACAGACUCGUCGCUUCUCUCCCGGUGGCACAGACCCGCGCGGCGCGUAGAGGACGUUCAGGAGCGCGCACAGACAUCUCGGCCACUUGUCGUUUGUGGACAGCUCAACCCGUACUCGCGACAAUGGCCCGCAGCCCAGACGCCCCUGGCUCAGACGCUUGGCCUGACGCCGGAGCCGAGUCCCUCUACUCCUCGCUCUCCUCAGCCGGAAUGGGCCCAGCGACCUCAGGGAACGCCCUAUCCGGGAAAUGCACAAGUGCCAGCAAGCGAGUCGUCGUCGUCGUCGUAUCCUUCGUGCAACGGGGAUGCUGGUCUUCCCUCUCCCUCUCCCUCUCCCUUCCCCGUUCCACCUGCUCCUCUCUUACACAUUGAUACUGGCAGUACGAUGGCGCAAGGCCCAGUCCCUCAGACAUCCCCCUCGGAAGAGCCGAUUCUGACUGCUGAUGAGAGGAGCGCCGUUCCGCUGCGCUCGCCGAUGACGCUGAUUGGGCAGCUGCAGAGCGCACUGCAGGACGUGAGCCGUCAUGCUGCUGCUCAGCAUCAGCACCAGACGGGAAAUGGUACCCACGUCGUGCGUGUCGAUACCGCGACGGACGCGACCGAGGGCCCGCGCUCGCAUAUCUUGAGCUCGGAUGCCGAGCCGUCGUCGAUAUACGAGUCUCGAGGUACGACGACCGCGACGAUGACGGUCUCGUCUGCGCCUACCGCCAGCCGCAAGUCCGAGGUGGAGGUGGUGGAAGUUCUUGCCGUGCAAAAGGAGCAGGCGCGUCGUGUCCUUGAUUUCCUGUUCUUUUGGUUCUUCCUGUGUUUUGUGAUGAUGUUCACGUUGAUUUGGCCGCUUGCGGAAAAGCUGCACGCUCAAAUGGAAGUAGACGCCGAUCCCGGACUUGCUGACGAUGUGUUGUAUCUGUAG